AUGCGUUUCUCUAUCCUCGCAAUCGCUCCUCUCAUUGCUUCGGUUCUAGCUUUACCAGCUGCAACCACCGUAGACUCCUUAUCCAAGUCUCGACCCACCCCUUCCCCACCCAAGCUUCCCACUUGCGGACCAACUCCUCAACCCUGCUCCUGCCCAGCAGGCACCUACUAUCAAGUCUCCACCUCCAUUGCCAUCAUUCCCGCCUCGGUUUCCGAUCUCAAAUCCAUCAUUGGUGACUUCCUCGUGACCUCUUGGUUCGGAACUGCUCCCGAAUCCGUCACCGGUACCGGGUUCGCUCCCGGCGCAAAGCGCAACCUCUUAGGCGGUAUUCCCGGCGCAGGCGUCUAUCCCAUCACCGAAGAACUCACACAGUGGAAAACCUAUCCUAACAAUGCUGGAUUUUUCCAGAAAUUCCAAAUGGCCGACGCGCCUUUCUAUUUCAACUUGACGACUGGCGCGCCGGGGAUUCUUGGAGGAACUUGGGAUAUCAUGGAUGUGCAUGCUAUUGGAUCGAGCUCUAGCAGUUGGUUGUGGAAUAUCUAUGCUUGUUUCAGUGUGGAUUUUGAUUUCCAGGAGUUUCAUGAGAGUGCGAUGAAGAAUGUUAGUGCGAUUUUGACGAGUCGGGGAAAGUCGCAUGGGAAUCUUGUUGGACCUUUCUCUUACUAA